CAGAGUAGCCUUAGAAUGUUUUGGGGUCUUGGCCUGCUUUUUGGGAUUUGCAGCUCCUUUAACCCCUUCAUAUAUUGUAGCAAUCAUGCACAGCCACUUAUUUUGAGUGAUUCAAAAUUCCCACCUCUUCACAAAUAUUAUAAUCAACCACAAACAUUCCCAUCAGCAACAACAAACAUCAUCAUUUGUUCUUCUGAAGAAAGAAAAAUGAAGGGAAGUAGAAUCUUCUGUUUUCUGCUAACUCUGCACAUAGUGAGUUGGGUUUCUGCAGCAAGAAGGCCAUUUCUUCCUACUGAUGGCAUUUCACAUCCAGCCCAAGAAGAGGCUCUAGAGUCUUCCAAGCCAUAUACUAUAGAAUCAAAGAAGGGUUUAAUGGGCAUGUCAGAAAAAAGGGAGGAAGCAUAUGAUAGAGGAAUGAGCAAAAUAGGGUCAAGUCCACCAAGCUGUGAGCAUAAGUGCUAUGGCUGUGUUCCAUGUGAAGCCAUCCAAGUACCCAGCACCAGCAGCCAUUUGGGCAUCCAGUAUGCAAAUUAUGAACUUGAGAGCUGGAAAUGCAAGUGUGGCCCUUCCUUCUACAGCCCAUGAACCUUAUUCAUAUCCACUAAAUAUUGUUCAUCUAGUAUCUAUUUGAUAUCACUUAGUAUUUUGUAGUUUGUAAAAGCCUCAUAUUUAAAGAGUUUUCCUAGAUCAUCAAUGUGAUUACAAUCAGUGCCAAGCUGAUACAUCCCCCAUGGCUAGUCUGAAUACAUUUUUGGGCUCCAUUCAUUCUUCAACAAUCAGUGUUAAUUUCCUUG